AAUGCUAAUAAUUCAAGUUCAGCAAAUUUGAAAAACCUACCCAGAUUUUUGGUUUAUGAAGAUGGUAGCCAUGAACAUCAUUUAAGAAAUGCCAAAAGACAAGAGAAAUUGGGUAAUAUGUUGAAGAAUCUAUUAGGUGCUCAGAAAUUAAGAGAUGAAGCGGUUAGUGCGGUCCCUGAAAUCUUAUCAAAUAAUCCACCUUCAUUAUUUUCUGGGUUAGUUAAUCAAUUCUCUAAUGUCAAACAACAUGAAGAGAAUUUCCCGUUUAGUGGAGCCACUAGAGUUCAAGGUGUUCAAGCUUCAGCUAAUUCAACUUCCCAUUCUAAAACUUUUGUUGAAAGAUAUGGUAGAUGUCAAGAAGUUAUAGGGAAAGGUACUUUUGGUGUCGUUAGAAUUUCUCAUAAAAAAUUCAAUAACAGUGAAAAGGAAACUUUAUUUGCUGUUAAAGAGUUCAAGAGAAGACCAACUGAAACUGAACAAAAAUACUCAAGAAGGCUAACGUCAGAAUUCUGCAUCUCUUCAUCAUUAAAACAUGUUAAUAUCAUCGAAACUUUAGAUUUACUACAAGAUGCUAAAGGUGAUUAUGUUGAAGUUAUGGAAUUUUGUUCAGGUGGUGAUUUGUAUACGUUGAUUAUUGCAGCUGGUAAAUUGGAAUACUUGGAAGCUGACUGUUUUUUCAAACAAUUGAUUAGAGGUGUUGUUUAUAUGCACGAAAUGGGUGUUGCACAUCGUGAUUUGAAACCAGAAAAUCUGUUAUUAACAGAGAAGGGUAUUUUGAAAAUAACUGAUUUUGGUAAUGGUGAGUGUUUCAAAAUGGCUUGGGAAAAAGAUAUUCAUUUCAGUGGAGGUAUUUGUGGUUCAAGUCCGUAUAUUGCACCAGAAGAAUAUACCACAAAAGAAUUUGAUCCAAGAUCUGUUGAUAUUUGGGCUUGUGGUGUUAUAUAUAUGGCCAUGAGAACUGGUCGUCAAUUAUGGAGAGUUGCUAAAGACGAGGAUGAGUUUUACUUGAAAUAUUUGGAGGGCCGUAAAUCCACUAAAGGUUAUGAACCUAUUGAACAUUUGAAAAGAGCAAGAUGCCGUAACGUUAUUUAUUCAAUAUUGGAUCCUGUUCCAAGUAGAAGAAUCAAUGGGAAACAAAUUUUAAAUAGUGAAUGGGGUAGAGAGAUUAAAUGUUGC